AUGAACAACAAUCCUUUUAAAGUUACAAGGCACAUUAACUGCGUCACAGAAGACAAUCUGGAUCCUCAACCCCGGGACAUUAAACGCUCAGGGCAUAUCAUCCACCCCAACGUACUAAAAAUGCAAAAUGAUUACGACACACAUCCUGCCAGACCGCAGGAGGAUUCAGCGCUUCACUGUGGUCUGGAGACUGAAGCAUAUAGUUUAAAUGUGUGUUUGUGUGCUUGGAUAUAUCAUCGUUUAUUUACGCAUGCAGACACUGGCCUAUGGAAAUAUGCCAAGUACAAACUGGAAAUAUACUUAGACAGAAGAUAUAAAGAUAAUAUUGCAAAUGGAGACGAAGCGAAGAUGCAUUCCAGGCUGUUCAUACUCACCCUGGCCACCGUCACCCUUUUCCUGAGGCAAGGGGUCGACUCGUACACCGACAAGGUCGUGGAUAUAACAGAGCUUGUCGUGCCGGAGAAUCCACGGAUCGGCGAGGACGUCACUCUCAUCUGUCGCUUUCGCCUCGAGGGCCACGGCCACCGCCUCUACACUGUCAACUGGUGGCGAGGAAGAGACCAGUUCUACACGUACAAGGGAAACAACGCGGACCCCAAGCAUUCUUAUAUAUUCGAAGGCAUUCACGUUGCGACAAACGAAUCCACAGAUCAGUCUGUUGUGCUGAAGAACGUCAGUGAAAUAACUUCAGGCAUCUUCAAGUGCGAAGUCAUGGGGGAGGGACCGUCAUUCAGAACAGCUGUGAAGAGUAAAGUUAUGAAUGUUAUCGUACCUCCCAAACAGGUAGAAAUAACGUCGUACCUGCACCCAGACACGACGCUGUACCGCAUUGGACAAAUGGUACAACUCAACUGUACCGCCACUGGAGCUAAACCCAAAGCACAUAUUACAUGGAAGAUUAAUGGUAGACCGGUGAGUAAAAAAAAAAAAAAAAAAAAGAAAAAAAAUCCAAUUUAUAAGUGAGCAACGUUAUUUUGCUCACUUUACUUGUGCGUUAAUUUGUCUUCGUUUAACGUAUGAGGCCUAGAUAU